AUGGUGUUGUCCAAGAGCUUCUUGGAGUUGUUCUCGCGCCGGUCGACCUUGCCGAUAGCUGCUUUCCGUUGUCCUGGAAGAGGUACCAGAGGCAUUGCGACCAACAAUUUGGCAUGCCUGCCGCGUACGCCUUUGUUUGACGCGAUCAAGUCGCACGAUCCAGAGAGUACAGCUGUGAUACACUCCUUGUCAGGUCGCCAGUUCAGCUAUGGGUCGCUUCUGAAAGACGUUGCCAUUGCCAAACAACGACUUGCCGACGAUGCUGGUAGAAAUGCUGAAGCUCUGCAAGGCGAGCGCAUCGCUUUCUUGCUCGAGAAUAGCUAUGACUAUGUAGGUGCGCUUCGCUCCUGUCUCCCUGUCUUCUUCUCUGUUCUUUCCCUCUGCACUUCCUUGCUGUUUGAUCUGGGUGAGAUGCAAGUACUGAGGUAUGUGGUCAACNNAGUGACGCUACUCGCCAUUCUAGGUACCAAUGCCAUUGCAGUACCGCUUUCGCCUGCCUUUCCAUCCGGAGAGUUGAGAUAUAUCCUCGAUCAGAGUGGUGCGCUCAUGCUGGCCACGUCUCCCAAGUUUGCGACCAAGGCCGAUGAUGUUCUGGAUGGCGAGCUGAAGAAGAAGCCUAUUUUAUCACGCUGGGAGAAGAUUGUUGAAGGCAGCAAGGUCAACGAAGACGUCAUUCUCGAAGACAUGAAAGAAGACAAGGGUGGUAUGAUGUUGUACACCAGCGGCACAACCAACAGACCUGCAAAGUCUCUCUCCCAAGCAUGGCGCUACUCGCCCACCGACCAUUUCCUCCACGUCCUACCUCUCCAUCACAUCCAUGGCACAGUCAACGCCGUCUUGACACCACUACUCGCUGGCAGUACCAUCGAAUUUCUCUUUCCUUUUACUGUCGACUCGGUUUGGUCGCGGCUUGCCGCCCCAUUCCUUUCGACCUCAUCCGAGCAGAUUAAGAAGCCCAUUACCUUCUUUACCGUCGUUCCCACAAUCUACAACCGACUGCUGCAGUCACACAACGCUCUCAGUGGAGAGAUGCAGACGGCAACAAAAGAGGCACUGGACCCGAAGAACAUGCGCCUGAAUAUCAGUGGCUCGGCAGCUUUGCCCACGCCUACGAAACAGGCUUGGACAGAGUUGAGCAAUGGAAAUGUACUGCUUGAACGUUAUGGCAUGACCGAAGUUGGCAUGGCUCUUUCUUGCGGUCUGGCGAAUGAAGACCGAGUAGAUGGAAGUGUAGGUUGGCCACUUCCCUUUGUCGAAGCCCGUCUGGUCGACCUCGACACAAAAGCCAUCAUUCAGUCUGGCGAAGAACUCGAUGCGAAUGGCAAAGAACGUAGUGGUGAGAUCCAACUGCGUGGACCCACCAUCUUCAAAGAGUACUGGAACAACCCCACAGCUACAGCAAAAGAGUUCACAGAAGACGGCUUCUUUAAGACUGGCGAUGUAGCCGUGCGGAGAAAUGUCCCUUCUGCUGGUAAGGGUGCAUCAGGAGAUUGGGCACAGGGACCUAUGUACUUCAUCCUCGGUCGUCUCUCCGCCGACAUCAUCAAAGUUGGUGGUGAGAAGGUAUCCGCACUUGAGGUAGAGAGGGAAAUGCUAUCCCUACCCGCAAUCUCUGAAUGCGCCGUGGUGGGUCUACCAUCAGAGACUUGGGGUCAAAAAGUCGCUGCAGUGGUUGUGUUGAGUGAAGAUGGCAAGACUGCUGGUAAAGGUGGAAAGCCAUUCGCAGCCAUGGAUUUGAGGAGAGGAUUGAAGGAUAAGAUGGCUGCAUUCAAGAUCCCUCAAGACUUGAAGGUGGUUGAGAGUAUUCCUAGGAAUGCUAUGGGCAAGAUCAACAAGAAACAACUGGUCAUUCAGGCGUUUGGCGAUCAAAAGUAG